UCGUCGUCGUCACCCAAAGCAUGCUGCAUGUUUACCCAGAACAGAAAAAAAAACAGAAACAGGCAAUACAUUUACCUGCACGAACAAGAACAUACGCAUUCAUACUGUAACUCAUCAAGUGAAAACGGACGCAUAAUGAUGUAGCGUAUCACACUGCGGCGCAUAACCAUAUGAACGCUAACACUGUGUUCGUGUGUAUGUUUGUCUGUCUGUCUGUGUGCAUAUACAGAGAGUCGCAAUCAAAGAAAUCACUACGUUGAACCGGCUCAUUUCGUUCGCAACACUGAAUGGAACUUGGCGACUUUAGUCUGUGAAGUAUUAUUGUGAAAGCAGCACGUACCCUGUGUAAAUCGAUAUUUGUUCGUAUCGAAUUCUGUUGGGAAUAAGAGCACCAACUAGCUGAAGCUGUACGCACAAUAGAGAGUCAGUCAGCACACGCAAAUCGGAACAAAACUAUUUCGAGAGAAAAAAAAACAACAGCCCAUUUACAAAGAGAGUUUUUAUGUGUGAAUCAAACGGAAACAAAUAAUAUUUGCGCCGGGUGUUGAAAGAUGUACAGUGCGAAUCGACUUCAAGUGUUCUUCAAGUACAAUUUUAAGAAGCAGAAAACUUUAUAGCUUUUUUCCACUUCACUCACUUAUUUUCAUCGGCGCGUAAAUGUUUCGCGUCUCUUUGUGUUCUUAGUGCAUUUACACAACAUUUACAAUCGGUUUGCUAUUUUUUCUCCGUCAAUUCAUUUGGCUUUUUUCACACCAUACCGCUUCGCUAGUAUCAAUAGCCCAAGUCUGAAUUCACUUAAUUGCGGUUGCAAUAAAAUAAUAUAUUCCAUCGUAUAUUAUCGAGCCUAUAAAAAAUACGAAUCGUUCGGUUGUUGCUGUGGUGUUGUUUUUUGUUGUUGUUGUUUUAUUCGGUUUGGAAUACUCGCGGUGCAUGUUGCGUCUAAACGACUAUGCAGUUGAAUUUUUCCUUCUAAAUUCUGUUCAGCGUAUGCAAAAUAAAUACUCAAUGAUAAAGAAAAGUGCCUUUGAGUGAAUGUGCGAUCGGACAUCAAGUGAAAAUAUGUCGUCAAAUCACUUGCAAUUCUAAAGAAAACAGUUUAUUGGUGAUAAAAUUGGUCGCUCAAACGAAUUUAAUCACGGUUUCAACAACAACAUUGAUGCAAAGCUAUAACAAUUAGCCACAUCGAAACAAUCUAAACACAACAACAAUAAAAUCAAACGAUAGGAACGUAGAAUCUAAGCGCAAAAAUAAUUGUAGUGAAAAAAUGAUGCAGCCGGCAAUAAUGUGGUCCAACAGAAAUCGAUCGAAAAUACUGCUGACUGCGCGACAAUAUACUCAUAUGGCAGUUAUAGUGCUGUUCGCAUUACAGACGAUAACAAUGGCAGCCGCACAGAAUCUUGCUCUAUCAUCGACAACGCCGAAACUCGUACACGGUGCACUUGCAGCAGCUGCAAACCCACUGAGCAAUUGCUCGAAUGUGAGGAAUUUAUUCGAAUCGCAGGGAAUCAACGGUGCCGAUAUACCAACGCAACCAAUCACUGACGCUCGUUUGGUUUAUUGUGAUACACCCGCAUCUGGAACAUGUUGCUCGAAAAACAUGGAGCUCAAAUUGGCUAGCAGCUCACGUACCACACUCGAACGAAAUACCAAAGAAUUGAUUGGAAAAUUAGCAUCGGUGCUGUCGGCACGAGCCAACCGUUUCAAUGAAUUCUUCAAAAAUUUAUUAUCCCAGUCGAAAUCGGAAUUCCAUGAAAUGUUCAAGCGAACUUAUGGCGUGAUUUAUGAACAAAAUUCGUACGUGUUCUCCGAUCUUUUCAAUGAUUUGGAAAACUACUACAAUCGUGGGAAAGUCGAUUUAACCGAGGCUUUGGAUUCAUUUUUUAACAUACUUUAUCAACGUAUGUUUGUUGUUUUGAAUUCCCAAUACAAAUUCGAUGACAAAUAUUUGGGUUGUGUGAGUGAGCACAUGAAACAAUUGAAACCAUUCGGAGAUGUCCCCGAAAAAUUGACUGGGCAAAUAAAACGAUCGUUUGUGGCAACACGAACAUUUGAACAAGCAAUAACGUCGGCAGCUGAAGUGGCUAGAAAUAUGGCAACUGUUCGGCCGGGUGCUGAGUGCACCAGUGCAUUAACCAAAAUGCAACAAUGCGGUGCAUGCCGAGGAUUCGUUGAGAAACCUUGCUCAAAUUACUGUGUAAAUGUUAUGCGAGGAUGUUUGAAUCAUUUCAUCGAAUUGGACGUUGAAUGGGACAACUUUGUACAGUCAAUGGAUAAAAUCACCGAACGAUUAUUGGGACCAUUCAAUAUUGUUAUGGUUGUUGAACCAAUCAAUAUCAAAAUUUCAGAGGCAAUCAUGAAUUUCCAGGAAACUGGGCAAGAUAUUUCGGCUCAAAUUUUCAAUGGAUGCGGAAAGCCACAGUUGAACCCAAGACAACGCAAACGCCGCUCAAUCAGCCCACGAUUGCUGCUUUCGGAAAAACGAUACUUUGAUGAUAUUAGUAAAGACGAAUCGAUUGACAACUUUUCGUUCGCUGAAGAAUCGACAAACGUUGAAUCUCUACAGGAAUAUGAAAAUGACUUACCAUCAAGCAAAUUGAAUCGCUUCAAACGUCAAACCGUGCCAGCUCAAACAGAACGUGCAAAUAAUCGUGACUUAGUGUUUGAGCCACUCCAAUUCGAUGGUGAGUCUGAAGAAGAAGAAGUCAUAAGUUCAUCAUCGAAUAAAGGGCGUCGAAAGAAUAAGAACAACAAUCGAAAUGGAGCAAAUGUUGCUUCGAAAGGUCGCAACGACGAUGACAACGAUGACAAUAAAGAGCCGCCGCUCGACAAACUUGUUAAAGACAUUCGAACAAAGGUCAAGGAUUCCAAAAAAUUCUGGUCGAAUUUGCCGUAUCAAAUUUGUAACAAUGACGAAAUUGCCGCAUCGCCAAGCAAUGACAUGAAUUGCUGGAAUGGAAAUCGAAUCGACAGAUAUCCACACAUGAUUGCCAAUGAUCAGGCUUCAAAUCCCGAAUUCCCAUCGCCGUUGAAUAGCAGACGUACAGCUACAUUCGAUGCACAAUUGUUUGCGCUGAAAAAUACCGUCAUCCAACUGCGAAAUGCAUACAAUGGCCAUGACGUUGAAUGGGCUGAUGUUGAGGAGCCCUACUAUGGUAGCGGUUCGGGCUCAGGCGGUGGAAGCAUCGAAGAUAGUGAGGAGGAGGGUUCUGGUAUAGGUACGAUUGACUAUACGCCCGGAAUCAACGAAUCCGGACCAUCGACGACACACCCAGUCGAUCCAGUCGGAGGCAAUGGACACAGUGGCACUGGCAGCGCACCCGACACAAGUGAAAAAGAAACUAAAACUAACGUUGAUCCAAACAAAAGCAAUAAAAUUAAUGAAAUCGAUAGUAAUAGUAUUAACCAUAAUAGUUCGGGCAGCAGCGCUGUCGGCACCACCUCGCAAAUGUCUCUCAAACGUGCCCUAUUUACAUACUUUUUGCCAAUUUAUCUAGCAUGGUUUGGUGGUUUAUUUUCCGAACUGCUGUGAUCAACUUAUAAUUUUUUUAUUAUAAUUAUUAUACAAAUUUAAUUUAACGUGUAUUUAAAGAGAGAUGGAGAGGAAGUAAAAACAAUAUGGAGGGAGGACAAAACAUACAAGAUUUCAAUAAUGAUAAUAGACAAGUGAGCGAUUAGUAAAUAGAAUGAAUGAAAUUGAAUAGAAUUUAUUGCAAGUAUACUUACCAGUUCGUGUAUACGGAGAGAUUUAGUGAACGAGAGAAAAAAAAUUGAACGCAAGUCGCUUAGAUAAGGAUUGAACAUAUUAAGCAAAUAUUUUUCACAAGAAAUUAAAACACAAUUUAAGCUACAAGGAAAAAAUGAGAAUAAAAAAAACAAACAAAAACAGAACAACCUUUUUAAGGGCAACAGAUGGACGAUUUUUGAAAUACGUAGAAGCAAAACAAAAUUCGCAGAAAAACGUAACAGGUCAUUUAGUCGUUUAAAUACGUUUUUUAAAACAAAAAAAGAGGUUAGACAAACAUUAAUUAGCCAUACGCGAGAACAUAUUUUACAUGUAAAUAUUACGAUUAACAUAUUAUAAAUUAUCUCUAAUUUUAUUCGCAAAGAGCAAACGUUGUAAAUUACACACUUUCUUUUGAGUGGACAUUUUUUUUCUGUACUGUCACUUUUUAACUCAAGCUCAAGAAAAAAAAAACUUUAUGUUCAUUUAAAUUCUGAAUAAAUAUGAAUAAAUAUGAUACGAAACUUUGUGACAAAUAAUACCGAACAAA